AUGUCGUCAACAGAUCACGGAGGCUGGAAGGCCUAUGAAUACAACCCGUCCAUGGCAGCAGCCGUCAUCUUCAUCAUCCUAUACAUCGUCGUGACUGCCCUCCAUACCUACAACCUCUUCCGAACCCGGACAUGGUUCUGCACCCCCCUCGUGCUCGGAGGAUACUUCGAAACCAUCGGCUACAUAGGACGAGCACUGUCCGCACAACAAUCCCCGGACUGGACGCUUGGCCCGUACAUUAUGCAAAGCACGCUGUUACUCGUUGCACCCGCGCUUUUCGCCGCUAGUAUUUACAUGGAGCUGGGGAGGAUUAUCUAUCUGGUCAAGGGACAGAAGUUUGCUUUGAUUCGGGUGAACUGGAUGACCAAGAUUUUUGUGGCGGGUGAUGUGCUCAGUUUCUUGAUGCAGGCAUCAGGGGCUGGAAUCUUGGCAAAAGGCUCUCAAGACACCGGAAACAACAUCAUCAUCGGCGGUCUCAUAGUCCAAAUCAUCUUCUUCGGCUUCUUUGUGAUCUGUUCCAUCGUCUUCCAAGCCCGGAUUACCUCCCACCCCACCGCAGAGUCCGUGGCCGAUUGUGUUCCCUGGAGGAAGCACCUGUACGCCCUGUAUGCGACGAGUAUAUUAAUUCUCAUUCGGUCGAUUUUCCGUGUUGCCGAGUAUGUCCAGGGGAAUGACGGUUAUCUCCUUUCGACGGAAGUGUUUAUCUAUAUAUUUGAUGCCACACUCAUGUUCCUUGUGAUGUUGGUCUUUAUCAUUAUUCAUCCGAGUGAAAUUAACUGUCUCCUGGGACGGGGGCGGGUGAUGACGACGAGGGGUGGAUUGAAGCUCAGCGAGGUUUCCUCGUUGCCUCUUUAG